UACACGAAGCCGAGCAACGUCUCCCUCUCUCUUCUCUUGCCCAGUUCUGCUGCUUCAUCGCUCGACUCGUCAAGCGAAGGAGCAGAGCGCCAAUGGAGGAAGAAUACGCGAUGGCGGACACCUCCCGCUUGCUCGGAGCCGCUUCCGACUUCGCCCACUAUCCCGGCGCCCAGAACGACGCGGCCGCGAAGGAAUUCCUCGAUCGCUUUCCUCUUCCUGCCAUCAUCAGCGCUUUGCAAACGGGAGCGGAUGUGCCCGGUCUCGAAAGUACGCUGGUCAAUUGUCUGGAGAGAGUGUUCCAGACCAAAUACGGCGCUUCCCUGAUCCCGCACUUCAUGCCUUUUGUGCAAGUGGGAUUGCAGGCAGCUUCACAAGAAGUCAGAUGUCUAGCUUGCAAGACGGUGUCUUGCCUGUUGGAGAAUUCUGAUGAAAAGUCUGUGUCUGCUGUGAAGAUAAUUAUUGACCACAAUAUUUACCCACUUUUGCUUGAUAGCCUUGUUAAUGGAAAUGAACAAGUUGCCGCAGCUUCAAUGGAUGCUAUUAAGACUCUGGCAUGCUUUCAGGGAGGCACAAACAUUGUUUUUCCAGCCAGUGACAACGAAGUUACGCAUCUUAGAAACUUAGCAGCUCAAUGCACGUCAUUGGGUCGUGUUCGGGUUCUAGCUUUGAUAGUAAAGCUAUUUUCUGUCUCCAGCUCCGUGGCAUCAAUUAUCUACAGUUCCAAUCUACUAAGUUUAUUUGAGGCAGAAAUCAGCAAUUCUCAAGACACCCUUGUAACUUUAAGUGUUCUGGAGCUCCUGUAUGAGAUGGUUGAGAUUCGGCAUGCAACGGAAAUUUUGUCAAGCACUUCACUUCUUCAGCUUCUUUCUUCUAUUAUAAGUAAUGCAUCAUUGGAGUCAAUUUUGAGGUCCAGAGCAAUGAUGAUAUGCGGAAGACUUCUGUCCAAGGAGGACACUUAUAUGUUUACAGACGAAUCCAGUGUCAGAGUAGUUGUUUCUGCCAUUGAUGGGAGACUCAGCUGUUCGGAGAGUGUAGAUGCAGAUGAAUGUGAAUCUGCCCUUGAAGCGUUAGGUCAAAUUGGAUUACCAACUCAGGGAGCUGAAUUAUUGUUGUCGAGCACAUCUCCUGUUGCGAGACAUGUAGCGUAUGCUGCCUUUGACAGACAAGGACGCGGUAAACAGCUGGCCGCAUUGCAUGCAUUGGGAAAUUUGGCUGGAGAAGCUCGGUCAGAGAAUAGUGUAAUACUGAAUGGUUCUGCAGAAGAAACCCUUAGAUUCUUGAUAUAUGAGGCAGCAUCCAGGAGUCCAAAGUUGACACCUUAUGGUCUUUUCCUAUCAGUUCUUCAGCAGGAGGCAGAAACACGUUUAGCGGGUUAUAGGCUGAUUACAGCUUUGGUAGCUAGGCCAUGGUGCCUGAUGGAGAUCUGCUCAAAAGAAGAGAUAGUAGAUAUCGUAACUGACCCGAGCAUUGAAACCUCAAAAAUAGGUAUGGAAAUUAGGUACAGUUGCUGCCAAGCGAUACACAAAGCUUUCACACGUUCAACCAAACUGAUGAGCGAUCCUUCUUUGGCUAAAAUUGCUAGCAAGUUGCAAGAUGCUGUAAGAAGGGGUCCCUAUCUUGCAAGAAGGCAUUCUGAGGCUCAACCUGUUGUAAUGACAGCUGAAAGAUUCUAGACGAAGUCAAACCUCCCGGAACUCGGGAGGAGCAUAUAGUCCGUGCUCAAGGCCGUCUUUCUUCCUUUUGCUCGGAAAAACAUGCCCGCUUUGAAUGCUUGCUUGAAUGAGAGUUUUUGGAACGGAACUUGUAAAUCUCGCAGGUUAUCGGAGCCAACUUUUGGUUAAUCCCCAAGUAAAAGCGUACUGCCGUUGUCUGGUUA